AAUAGAAUGCAACGUGAGGGUUAACCAAAGGUACCUAUAAGGUUUCUGGUGGUGGUCAGAGGGCCCGGUGGCGCCAGUGUCCGGCAGCCUCGCCUCUGUCAGUGCGCCCCAGGGUGGCUGUGGCUACAAUGUAGCUUGCCAUCACCAGUGUGUAAAUGUGCGAGUCAGUGGGUGGAUGACUGGAUGUGUAAAGCGCUUUGGGGUCCUUAGGGACUAGAAAAGCGCUAUAUAAAUACAGCCCAUUUUACCAUUUAUUUACCAUUUCUGUUACACGCUAAUGACAGCUGUUACGUUUGAUGAAACAGACGUUUUGCUGAAAGCAUGCGUAAUAAGUGUACAGCACUGUAUAAAACAAAAUCACAAAUCACCCAAAACAGGGAAUAUGACUGAAAACUAUAUAAAUAAGGAACAAAACCAAUAAAAAUGUAACCAGAAAACUGAGAAAAUGUGGGAUUGACUGUAUUGUGAUGCAGAUUGUAGUUACAGUGCAAAUGGACACUUAAAAAUGCAAUUCCCACUUCUCCACCAUAGUCAGAUCCCAUAAUGUAGGCACAGAUACUUUGAUGAUAAUAUUGUGGCUUUAUAAUAGAUAAUUUUAAUUUACAUCCUUCCUUACAGCAUGGGAGACUUGAUUGAAUUCUUGAAACAAAGAGAAGUCUCUGAGGAAAUUAUACAGACCUUGGAGAAUGAGAAGAUUGAUGCCAGUGUCAUAAGUCUAAUGACAGAUGAGGAGCUGAAGACUUAUUUGCCAUCAUAUGGUGAUCGUCUAGCAGUAUUUGGAUUUUGCAGACGGAGGGGCAGCAGCCGCAAGUCAGCGCUUUUUGAACGGCCGAAAUCCAAACUGUCCAAAAGAAAAUUAUCUGAAGAGGAUGGCAGUAGUACACGGCAAGAAGAACAUUCCCAAACAACCCAUAAAAGAAAUGCUCUGAAGAGAAAUAGAAAAAUAGAAAUAGGAUGGAUGCAUUAUGAUGAAGACACUGAGGUUUUCAAGCAGGUUAGAGCUAGACGAGGAGGAGGAACAAGAAAAAUAGACAUUUGCAAGGAUGCCAAGAAAAGGGACAUAUUACAGGUUGCAACAGGCCUGUUCUUUCCAGAUGGAGGAAACAUUCAGGGGCCCUUAACAGAUUUUGACUGUGAUCUAAAGGAUUAUCAAGAGAUGAUAGUCGAUGAUGCAUUGACAGUAGGAGAACUUUAUCAUGUCACAAAACUAAAUAUCCUCAGGUUCUACCUCACCACAAAGAAAAAACAAAAUGACAGCCUUCAGAGUUCCAGCCCAGGUUUGCAUCCAUCUUCAGAAAUUGAAGAGAGUCCUCAAAACCAAACCUCUUCUUUUACUGUCACUACAGUCCAAACAUCUGCUCCAUUUGAAACAAUCAGCCAUGAUGUGACAUACAUUGAAGACACUCCAAACGAUAACCUUCCACAAUCUUCCACGCAGUCUCUAAGUGCUAACACUUCUCACAGCAGUGACAUUAUUUUUGUUGGCCCCUUUUCUGACAGUGAGCCAAUAAAUUUGGAUGACACCCUGAUUUUUUCUCCACACCCUGGUCCAUCCAGUGAGAGAGUGAGGAGAGUAGUGGUGGUCCACAGAGGGCAGGUAAUGUCAGAGCUCAUUUCACAUUUUAGUGAUAAGGACCUUGAAGAUGUCGACAUCAAAAUCCAGUUCAUACUGCCUGAUGGAACACCUGAAAUGGCCCAUGACGAUGGGGGAGUUGUGAGAGAUUGUCUUUCAGAAUUCUGGAAAGAAUUCUAUGACCAGUGCACCACUGGAAAUGUUUGCAAGGUGCCCUUCUUAAGGCAUGAUUUUGGGCAACAGGAGUGGGAGAGUGUGGGCAGAAUCAUUGCAUUUGGAUGGGUUAGAGAGAAAUAUUUGCCUGUGAAAAUUGCACCUGCCAUUCUAGAACAAGCUGCCUUUGGAUAUGUAAAGAGUGAUAUUGUGGAGGAUUUCCUUAAGUUCAUGCCUGAAUCUGAGCGUACAGUGUUAGAGGCGUGGCGAUCAGACUUUAGCAUCGUGGACCAAGAAGAACUUAUAGACAUACUUGAUAACCACAGCUGCAGAAAGAUACCAACAGCCUACAAUGCCACUGAAGUCCUAUUGGAGCUUGCACACAAAACACUUGUCCAAGAGCCUGCCUAUGUUAUUGAACAGUGGGCAAGAACACUCAGCACUGCAUGGGAAAGCAUUUGUGAUCUAUCGUCACUUUUUGAAACUCUCCAACCAAAUGUGAGAAAAGUUCUCAAGUGUCUCACUUUCCCUGAAACAAUGACGGCUCACCAGAAGCUGAUUCAGAAAUAUCUAACUACAUAUGUGAAGAAUGCUGAGAAGGAACAUUUGUGUUUGUUCCUCAGGUUUUGCACAGGUUCAGAUUUACAUCUUGGAAAGAACAUCAUCAUUGGGUUUAAUGAACUUAAAGGUUUCCAGAGACGACCUGUGGCACACACAUGUGGAUUUGUACUGGAGCUGUCGAUAAAUUAUGACAGCUAUCCUGACUUCAGAUCGGAGAUGAACAGUGUGUUGGAAUCAAAUGUGUGGGUCAUGGACAUUAUCUAA